CCAUUUCCGCUUCCGGAAACUCUUCCCGUGUUCCAACAUGGUGGAUGAGGCCACUCGCCGGGUGGUGUCGGAGAUUCCGUUGCUUAAGACCGGGGCCAGCCCCAGGGACAAGGAUCUGUGGGUGCAGCGGCUGAAGGAGGAGUACCAGGCGCUGAUUAAGUACGUAGAAAACAACAAAAAGGCCGAUAAUGACUGGUUCCGACUGGAGUCCAACAAGGAAGGCACAAGGUGGUUUGGAAAGUGCUGGUACAUCCACAACCUCCUGAAAUACGAGUUUGAUGUCAAAUUUGACAUCCCGGUAACCUACCCCUCUACGGCUCCUGAAAUCGCCAUUCCAGAGCUUGAUGGCAAGACUGCCAAAAUGUACAGGGGUGGAAAAAUCUGCCUGACAGAGCAUUUUAAACCGCUGUGGGCGCGUAAUGUUCCUAAGUUUGGGCUCGCGCACCUUAUGGCAUUAGGGCUGGGUCCUUGGCUGGCAGUCGAGAUACCGGAUCUGAUCAGCAAGGGGCUGGUGGAACACAAGGCCAAGUGAUCGUCGGCUAUCGAGAGAUCUUCGCCGCCAGUCAUUAUGGAUUCGGAAUAAACGGGGUCUCCAGCCCUAAAAUAUCAGGCAUCUCGCCUCAUGUCGCUGUUCAUCCAAUCUGAGUUCCAUGACCAAUCAGGACUGACAACACCAUUAUCUGAUAAAUAUAUUUAUACGAAAAAUA